UCUCAAUGUAAGUUCCACAAAAUUAGAGUUAAGUCUUUCUAUUAAAUGGAUAGCAAAUUGAAAUCUUAGAAAAACAAAACGAAAGAGGAAAUAUCAAAACUUAUUCUGCCAUCUAAAGACCUAAUGAAAAAAAUGUUUUAAUAAUCGAGAUCAAUUCAAAUGUUUCACCUUAAGGCUAACUAUUGGUUUACGAUUAGGUCCAUUAUGAAUUCUACAAGGAAAAGUUGUAAUUUACUUUUUUAAAGACUAAAAAUGAAAGUCUUUACUAAUUGUGUGAAAAUUAAUUAAUUUUAUGGCAAGAAUAUUUUGAAAAAUUAGAAUUCAAAAUCCUACCACUUUAAGAGAAACAUAGAAUAUUUCGCUAGGUAUUUAUAUAUAUAGAAACUAGUAUUGCAGAAAAAAUAUUAAAUCGAAAACCUAUGAUCUGUGUUUAAUCUUAUAGGAUCAUUUAGGAGAUACAUAAAUAAAAGGAAUUGAUUAUAGAUUAUUUAGAGAUAAUGAUAUUAUGGAUCAAUUAGAUGUUUAGAUUAAUCAAGGCCAGCUUAACUUUUAAUAAAUUAGAUACUUUGGAAAUUUAUACUUUCAAAUAUUGACUGAUAUUGAUUCUCGUUGUAAAAUUAAUCUGAUAAUUAAUAGCAUUUAAUCAAAUUACAGAAGACUAAAGAGUUCAUAUCAUCAAACACUCCCCAAUUUAUGAAUGGCAAAAAUAAGAAAUCAUUAAAUUUCUUAAUCCUGCAUUUGUUUAAGAAUAAACAUUAGAGAAGCUCUUAAACUUAUUUAAGGAAGAUCAUUUUGAUAUUGGUGCUUAACAAUGCAAAUAAUAAACAGAAAUUAUAUUUUAAUUUUCUCUUUAGUAAUAAUAGGUUUAAAGUAAAUUUAAUUAUCUUUAUCUUCAUACAAAGGACAUGAAAAAUAAUUCAGGAAUAUAUCAAGAGUACCUAUAAUUAAAUAAGUUAAAUUCUGAUUUUCAAAAAUCGAUUUAAGAUAGUUUAAAAUUUGAUUCUGUUUCAAACUAAAUCGAGGAGUUAUUUACAUAAUAAUUAGAUGAAUUAAAUAGUUUGUCAUAUUAAUUUUAUUCAAAUUUAAGAAAACAUCUCUGCAAAAAUUUGAUGAUAAAGCAUAAAGCACUUGAGUUGAAAUUGAAUAAAUUUUAUUAGCCAACCUAAUAUAUAGGGUAAUAUGGAUAAUUAUAAAUCAAUUUGUAUUCAAAAUUAUAACAUUAGAAUAAGACAUUAAUAUAAAAUAUAGAGCAAUAAAGUAAUGUUAAAAUUUAAAAUGAUUUACUCUCUAUUUUAUAAUUUAACGAAUCACUUAAUAAACUAAAUUGGCUUAGCUAAAAUAGUAAAGCUGAGUUUUAGGCCUAUAAGAAAUAAUUGGUAACUGAAUUGAUGAAAAUCAAAGCAUUAUUAGAAUCAAAUUUAAGAAGAAUUUAACAAAAAUUCUAACAUAUAAAUAUGAAAUAUUUGAUGAUGGUUGCAAAUUAGGAUGAAUCUGAUCAACUUUCAUUCGUAACAAAUAUUUUAGAGAGACAGUAAUUUCUCAAAAACAUACUUCAGGAUGUAAAUAAAGAGAUUCCUAACUUUAUUUAAAAAAAUAAUAAAAAUACGAUUGAUAUAUUAAGUACUAUUAAAUCAUAUCAGGAACUGGAAUGUAGGAUUGGAUCUCUGAAUGAAACUCUAGAAGAAAAAUAUAAAGAAGUAAUUUAAUUUGAAUAGGGUUUUAAUACGUAGAGAUCAAAUCUUGUAAAAGAAUUAUGGUUGAAGAAUCAGGAGAAGUUAAAAGAAAUAUAAUAAGAAUUUACAUCCCAAUUUUAAUCUAUAAAAUAAUUCUAAAUGAACUUCUCAAAAAAUAACAAAAAUAAGAAUUAUAAAAGUGAUUAAGAGAUAAUAUAAUUAGAAAAUGGAAUAGAAUUGAUAGUCUAGAAAUAAUUUUACAGAUUUUCUAUAAUAGAAGAACUUAUAUAAUAAAGUUAAACCAAUAAGUAAUACUGUAAAUCAAUUUCUAAGAAGAUAGAAGAAGAAAGAAGUAUGAUAUAGAUUUCGGUUAAUUAACAAUUGAAAGUGCUUGAUGAGCUGUUUCAAAUCAAUAAUGAUAAGCAAGGCGAAUUGUAGGAAUAAGAAAUAUUAGACUUCGAGCUUAGUAUUUUAACAAAACAUUAUCAUAAUGUGAAAUGUGAAUUGGAAUAAGAAAUAUUAUAUAUUCAAUAGAAGUAUAGUAGUUUGGAAACAGCGUAUUAAGAAUAAUUAUUACUUUCAAAGAAGAUUGAAAUUUUAUGUUAAGAAAAUAAUGAAUUACUCAAACAAUAUUCUUAGAGUAGGCAAAAAAUGAAUGAAGUUGUACUAAAAUUAAAGGAAAAGUUUCAAGAAAAUUAAAACAGAUUUUAAAAAUGUUUCUGUUUUAUUAAAGAAGUGAAGGCUAAUAUUAAUUUGUAGAAAGAUUAAUAAAGAUUGUGUUUGGAAAUUUAAUAACAAUAAAUUUUGAUCUAAGGUCAGUUCCAAGCAAUUUAAACUCAGAAUAUAACAAAGAGCAGAGAGGAAAAGAGAAAGGAAUAUUAAUAAUUAAGAAGGCAAUUAGAUCUGAUUUAGAAGGAUGUGAUAUUGAAAGGAAAAUAAAUAGGUUUUACUUCAUAAGGAUAUUAGCAAUAAUUAACGUUAAUAAUAUUGAGUAAAUUUUAUCAUAUGAGCAGAUUUCAUUACAGAUUGAUGUAAGCUAAAGCAUUGAAUUCUCAUUCAAUAAUUCACAAUGAGGAUUUAGAACUAUUGAAUUUAUAAAAGGAUGAAUAUGAAUAAUUAGAAAGUCAAGUAGAUUAUUAUAGGAAAGUAGUGAUUGAGAAUGGGGUUUAAGCAUUUCAGAUAGAGAACUUAACUGAAAAAUUGGAAGAUUUGGAAUAGUAAAUUGAAUUAAAGAAAAAUUACCUAUUGUCAGUAAUUGAAUGCACUAUAAAGUAACAACUUAAAAAAUCACUUAAAUCAGCAUAAAUGAUUGAUAAAAUAUCAAAGUUUAUCAAUUAUUUAGAAUUUUCAUAAUUUUUGCCAAUCCAACUGUUAACGUAAACUACUUGAAAAUAUGAUAUAUAUAUAAUACAGC